UCGGCAGUUUGUCCGCGAUCUCCUCCACUUACGAUCGUGUUCGCAUAGAUUCACGCUAGUGUCAACGUUUUCAGGAACGCAAAAAUUUGCUUUCGUGUGUUUAAAUGUGAUUUACUUUUAGUGAUGUGUUUGGUGGAAAUUUGAAGGAUUUUUUUAAAAGAGGUCCCAUGUGCGCGUGCGCAGAACAUCAUGUCCGCCGUGAUGAGCACGCUUUCCAUGAUCAGCGGUGGGCGACGCGCGCACCGCAAACUCGCCAGCUCCCGUAAGUCGGGCCAGUUCUCUGACGCUGGCGAGGAGCGCAGUCGCAGCCAACAUGACCUCAACAAACAGCAACGAUCCGCGUCACUCCAAACCCUGGAGCCGGGAGUCGUUAACCUCGAGAAUCUGGAAGCCAAGAUGGCGAGCAUCGAGGUGUCCCUGGCGGGCUCGCGUCGGCGCAGCGCGGGAGCACGCGACGUGUCGAGAGAGCUAGACACGCUGCGGGCCGCUCUCACCGACAAGGACACACUUAUACAAAAUUUAAAGAAGCAACUAAGCGCGUCUCUCAGUGCAGCACGUUUAGCCGCACAGGCAUCGUCCCCGUGCACGAGCCCGCGCGAAGAGGCGCCGGCGCUGUCACAAGAUGACCGGCGAGCGCUGGAAGAGCGCGCCACCGCCGUGCGUGCCGAGCUGGACUCGAGGCGCGCCAACAUGCAGGAACUGAAGCGCCGCUUGGAGAAGACACAUGUCACAGAGAAUAUAGACACACGGAUAGAGCAAGCAGAACUGCAGUACGCGGUGGGUCGCGAGGAGCUAGAACUGCUGACAUUGGGCGAGCAAGCGCGUGCACUGGCUAUGCUCAUCGAGCAGGCUGACGUCGCGCAUCGUACCACACUGUACAGUACGAUGCGCGAGUACGGCGGCUGUGCAACGCUGGUGUCGGCGGAGGUGCGCGAGGGCACUUGGAACGCCACGCCGCGGGGCGCGGGGCUCGUCGUCGAGUGGGCAGAGAACCCCGCCGUUAAGCCCGGAGACAGGAUUCUCGAAGUUAACGGCACGUCAAUGUUGUGCUGUAGCCAAGAAGAGCUUCGUCGCACCUCGUCGCUGACGACAACUCGUCUCGUUUUGUUGCGCGCGCAGAACACAUCGGCUCCGCCUACACAUGCCUUUACACAGAAAGAGGCGGCGUCGCUGCGGCUGGAGCUGGGCGCCCUGCGCGCCGCGGCCGAGCUGGCGGAGCGCGCCAAGGAGGGGCUGCGCUCCGACAACACGCGCCUCACACACCGCAUCUCCUACCUCGAGGAGCAGGUGGCCGAGCUAUUGGACAGGCAUCCGCAGCUCCAAGCAGUGAGCAGUAACGACAGCUGUAUUACAGUCAAUAAAACAAAGAAGAACGUGACCAACAUCAAUAUUACGACAGAACCGCAGGCUACGACCAAAACAAGUCCCAAGUCUGAGGUGCAGGUAUUUCAAAAAGGACCAGACAUUACAGCUAUCGUGGCGAAGCUCCCCGGGCUGGAUGCCGGUGAAGCCAAUCUGCCUGUGGUACGACCUAGAUCGAACGCCUCGGGUGCAUCGUCUAGAAUAGCCACGUCUCCAAGAACAUCACCAACUCCGAAUCGUAGAUCACAUAGUUCACAUAGUUUAGAGCAUAGAGCUGGGCGCAUGCGCCACUCACUCUCGCACCACUGCAUCCACGAUUAUAGCACUGAAACCGAUGCAGCUAUUCGGAUGAUAGAACGAAACCAAAGGCAUAUGGAGAAGCAACGCGUAAAGACUGACCGAUACAGUAACAGUAGAUCGAGGGAGGAUAAUUUUAGAUCUGACAGCGAUAUGGACUUGAGAGAUUCUCAAUCGAGCGUAUGUGACCAAAGACGCACCGAUAUAAAGAAAGUGGCUGACCGAAUCGAGGAAAGCAUUAAAAAGACAAACUGGGCCGAGAGGAAGACCUUGUCAAUCAUAGAGCAAUUGAAACGGUCUCAGCGUCUUCGAAAAAUGAAGAAAAACGAAAGCGUCGAAAACAUCCAAGUAGAAUCUGAAAGGAACUAUGUCUACAACCGAAUAGACGGCAAAGUACUGGAGAACGCGCAUAAAUCAAGCCGGCGGUCGUCCAAAUUACACUCGAGGAGCGCAAAGUCGUCAGAAUUCGAGUCCGAGUGCUCAGACUUCCCAAACGGCGACACAUACGGUAGCUCGCCGAGGCUGGACUACGGAUCCGAGAACCGAUCGAGGCUCGGUCACUACGUUCGCAAUGACGAGGCUCGAGACGAUGCAAAAUCGAGGCCAACACCGCCGAGAAAGCCGCUCCGCCUGUCGCUGCACAAGGCGAGAAGCGCGCACUCGUUGGCAAACGGGAGCGAGUCGGAGACCACGAGUCGGCCGCCCUCGGAGGCACAGUCGCUCUGCAAGCGGCCGGUCAAGCGCACGUACGCGGCGGAGCGCUGGGCGCGCGAGCGACUUCGAGACGGCGGCCGCGCCACGCCCAGGCCCGCUCGCAAGCUCGGCGACGGACUCAAGGCUUGUGACACCCCCGCCGCGGACGACCUCUAUCCCGACAGGAUGCACUCCGUCGGCAAGUGGUGCUAGCUUGGCUCCACCACUGCAUUCGUUGCUCUUGUGGCACCGGGGCUUGUUUUAUAACUAAAUUAUAGAUUUCCUUUGAUCUGUUCGCGUUGUAAGAUAUGGACAAAGCGUUGUCUUUAACUAAGCAGUACGUUAGUGAGUUGUCCGAGAAGGUUUUAUAUUCUAACCAUAUCGUAAGGAGACUACGAAAUUCACAAUUAUCGCUCACCGUCGUUUCGAAUGGAGCCCUCAACGCUGAGAUGUAACAUAUUGUAUUAUUUUCCAGAUUAUAGAAGGUAACUAAUGCCUCGAAAUGUAAAAUAUAUAUAUCCUGUAAUAAAAGUAACACAACUAGAGACAAGAGAAGAGCCGUUAGACUUCUAUAUAAAACCUGACGCUACUAUUUUUAAAUAGUGUAAAUUUUUAAUAAAAGCAAAUAUUUUGUAGUAACCACCAUUUGUUAAAAACUUUUGGAGUAACACUGAGAACAAGGACGAGGUGAUUAGACUUGAUGACUACGAGAAGUGAUGAUAAACGAGGCUUUACAAACAUAUGAAUACGUAUUUUUGGAUGUUAACUAUACCAAUGUUGGAUUGUGUAAAUAUAAGUUAAAACUUGAGCACCCACCGUUAAAUACUCACCUGUAUUAUGUAUUUAUGAAGAAAAUAAAAGAUCGAUUCGACAAC